GUGGAACACCUCCGCGGUUAAGUGGGUCAUAGGGGGUACCUGGAGCCUCCCCUCAGCUACAGAGACCUACACCCAGACAUUAGGAGCUCCAAAUAUCGCACCCCUAACUUAGCCACCGUUCUCUGAUUGAGGGAGCUGCUGAUGGGCUCGCCUUUCCCAGCCACUGUGGUCUGAAAGCGUAGUUGGAAAUCAGUUUAUUCACCCCACACUAGCUAGAGCGGCCCUGUCGAAGCGUACACCUGACAUGGAGAUUCUGUUUAAAACCCUUCGGUGCCUCCCAGUGCAUUUAGAACAAAAUCCAAACUCCGUUCCAAAGCCAUCAUAGCCCAGUGUCAUUUGCAGUAGCCGACCCUUAUUCUCCUGUCAUUUCUUUUGCUCAAACUGCUUCAGUCACUCAGGCUUUUGUCAAAGUUUAUUUUGUUUUUGCAGCUAGUUGUUUCCACUUUUUCUUGGAAUAGUUGGCGUAAGGAUUCCUGAAAUACAAGUAUUACUCUUCCCCUAACUUUUAACCUGACUUACCUUGUGGGUCUCAAUUUAAAUGUCGCCUUCCUCAGAGUCUUUCAUUAACCUUGUUUUUCUCUUUCAUAGUCAUCUUAUGUAUUUCCUUUCAUGCACUAUAAUCUGUAGUUGUUUAUAUUUGGACUCUCGCCCUCAUUAGACACUAAUAUCUGGGAGGCCUAGGACCUCCUCUGUCUUGUUUAUGGUUGUCCUCCAGCCGGUAACACAGUACCUGGCAUAUAGAAGGUACUUAGUAAAUUUUGAAUGAAACGUCUUCCUUGUAAUCUGACUACUAAUGCAGUUGGAGUUUGGCAUGGUGGUUUCCAUUCUGGAGACCAAUUUCACAGCUUUUGGACCAUGAGGAAAAGGUCAGAAUAUCUCCUGAUUCUGGAGUGUGGGCUCCUUCUGGGAAAGGACAAGUUAUAAUAGUAGAUGAAGGGAUUUAUCCAUAGAGCCUAUAGUGCUCAUCAAGAGAGGUUACAGGACAUGGUUCCCAUCCUCAAGCAUUCAUUUAGAUUUGUAGGAAACCAAUGACUUCUCUACAGUUCUGAAAAGUCACUGAUCCUAAAGCCUCAGCAACGUCACAGACAAAAGAAAUUCCACAGAUGAAAGUUCUUUAUUACAUUCUUAACCUUUAAAUGACUUCAGAAUUGAUUCCACAUGGACCACAAGAUUUCUGACCUGUCCACAAGAAGUGAGCUAGCAAGUCUGCUUUUCUCUGCGAAAACUAAGGAGCUGGUUGGCACCAUGAAGGUCUUCUGCGGACGGGCCAAUCCGGUCACAGGCUCUGUGGAGUGGCGGGAGGAGGACGAGCAGUAUGAUUACCACCAGGAGAUUGCCAGAUCUUCUUAUGCGGAUAUGCUACAUGACAAAGACAGAAAUAUAAAAUACUACCAAGGUAUCCGGGCUGCUGUGAGCAGGGUGAAGGACAGAGGACAGAAGGCCUUGGUUCUCGACAUAGGCACCGGCACAGGGCUCUUGUCAAUGAUGGCGGUCACGGCAGGCGCUGACUUCUGCUAUGCCAUCGAGGUUUUCAAGCCUAUGGCUGAUGCUGCUGUGAAGAUUGUAGAGAAAAAUGGCUUCAGUGAUAAGAUUAAGGUUAUUAACAAGCAUUCCACAGAGGUGACCGUAGGGAUAGAUGGUGACAUGCCAUGCCGUGCCAACAUCUUGGUGACGGAGCUGUUUGACACAGAACUGAUUGGGGAGGGAGCGCUGCCCUCCUAUGAGCACGCGCACAGGCAUCUCGUGCAGGAAAAUUGUGAGGCAGUGCCUCACAGAGCAACUGUCUACGCCCAGCUGGUGGAGUCCAAAAAGAUGUGGUCAUGGAACAAGCUGUUUCCCAUUCGUGUUCAGACCAGACUUGGAGAGCAGGUUAUCGUCCCCCCCUCGGAACUAGAGAGGUGUCCUGGCGCACCCUCUGUCUGUGACAUUCAGCUGAACCAGGUCUCACCCACUGACUUCACUGCCCUGAGCAACGUGCUGCCAAUGUUCAGUGUGGACUUCAGCAAGCAAGUCAGUAGCUCAGCAGCCUGCCAUAGCAGGCAGUUUGACCCUCUGGCAUCUGGUCAAGCUCAGGUGGUUCUCUCCUGGUGGGAUAUUGAAAUGGACCCUGAGGGGAAGAUCAAGUGCACCAUGGCCCCCUUCUGGGCACAUACAGACCCACAGGAGCUCCAGUGGCGGGACCACUGGAUGCAGUGUGUGUACUUCCUGCCACAAGAGGAGCCCGUCACCCAGGGCUCAGCUGUCUGCCUGGUAGCCCACCAUGAUGACUACUGUGUGUGGUACAGCCUUCAGCGGACCAGCCCUGAAAAGAAUGGGAGAGUCCACGCACUGCGCCCUGUGUGCGACUGCCAGGCUCACCUGCUCUGGAACCGGCCUCGGUUUGGAGAAAUCAAUGAUCAGGAAAGAACUGAUCAGUAUGUCCAGGCACUGAGGACGGUGCUGAAGCCAGACAGUGUGUGCCUAUGUGUCAGUGACGGCAGUCUGCUCUGCAUGCUGGUUCAUCACCUCGGGGCAGAGCAGGUAUUUACAAUAGAGAGUUCAGCAGCUUCUCAUAAACUGAUGAAAAAAAUUUUCAAGGCUAACCACUUGGAAGAUAAAAUUAAUGUAGUAGAGAAACGGCCUGAAUUGUUAACAUCUGCAGACUUGGAGGGUAAAAAGGUCUCUGUCCUCCUGGGUGAACCAUUCUUCACCACCAGCCUGUUGCCAUGGCACAACUUGUACUUCUGGUAUGUGCGGACUGCUGUGGACCAGCACCUCGGGCCUGGCGCUGUGGUGAUGCCCCAGGCUGCCUCUCUGCACGCUGUGGUCGUGGAGUUCAGGGACCUGUGGCGGGUCCGGAGCCCCUGUGGUGACUGUGAAGGCUUUGACGUACACAUCAUGGAUGACAUGAUCAAGCAUGCCCUGGACUUCAGGGAGAGCAAGGAAGCCGAGCCCCACCCCCUGUGGGAGUACCCAUGCCGCAGCCUCUCUGAACCCCAGCAGAUCCUCACCUUUGAUUUUCAGCAGCCGGUGCCCCCACAGCUUCUCCAUGCUGAGGGCUCAAUUAAGCUUAGGAGGCCAGGGAGGAGCCAUGGGGCCGUCCUGUGGAUGGAAUACCACCUGACCCCAGAUAGCACGGUCAGCACCGGCCUCCUGAAGCCUGCAGACGACAAGGAGGACUGUUGCUGGAACCCACACUGCAAGCAGGCCGUGUACUUCUUCAGCACCACGCUGGACCCCACAGCGUCGCUGGGCAGCCCUCAGACAGUCAGCUAUGUUGUGGAGUUCCAUCCCCGCACUGGAGAUGUCACCAUGGAUUUCACGCUCUCAGACGCCUUGGGCAAUGGGCACUGACCCUCACUUGUUGAGAAAUAAAGUGGCUCGAGAGGCUCUGGGCUCUGAAUGG